AGGUGCCGGAAGAAGAGCGCGGCGGGCAACGGCCGAGAUGCCCAGAGAGACCCAGCGCAGGCCGGCUCUGUUCAUCUCCGCGGCUCCGCACGCUUCUCCCGGGACCCUGGCGCCCAGGCGCUACGGCUCGAGGUCACAGGCUCCCGAGGCGGCGACAGCGGUGAGCAGCAGCCGCCUCCCGCAGCCUCGGCGCGCCCCGGGCUCCUCCUCCCGCCCCAGCGUGGCCAAGUGAGCACCGCUCGGGCCGCAGGUAGCCGGGGCGCGGGAGGCGGCGCGCGCGGGACCCAUCGCAGCGCCGGGGCCAGACGGAGCUCCGAGCCUCGCGGUCCCGGACGCCAGCGGAGAUCUGCGCCGGCCAUGUGGGGUCCCGGGGUCACCGCCGAGGGCCUGUCGGUGGCUCCAGCGCCACCGCCGCUGCUGCCGCUGCUGCUGCUGUUGGCGCUGGCGUUGGUGGCGCCCUCGCGGGGCGGCGGGGGCUGCGCGGAGCUGGCGUGCGGUGAGCGGGAGCGCUGCUGCGACUCGGCCAACGCCACGGCCGUGCGCUGCUGCAAGCUGCCGCUCCACGCCUUUCUGGACAACGUGGGCUGGUUCGUCCGCAAGCUCUCUGGGCUGCUCAUCCUGCUGGUGCUCUUCGCCAUCGGCUACUUCCUGCAGCGCAUCAUCUGCCCCAGCCCACGCAGGUACCCGCGUGGCCAGGCGCGACCUGGCCAGGCACGACCCGGGCCUCCCGGGGGUGCGGGACCGCCGGGGACGGCGGGGCCACCCGACGACGACGACGACUCGCCCGCUCUGCUGCGCGACGAGGUGGCCGCGGGCUCGCAGGACUCACUGUUGGAUAGUGGCGGUGGUCGGGGCCGAGGAAGUGGCGGACGCCUGCCUCCCUCCUGCGUUUCGGAGCACGAGCUGCACGUGGUGUCACCGGUGUUUCUCCAGCUGCCCAGCUACGAGGAGGUCAAGUACCUGCCCACCUAUGAGGAGUCCAUGCGGCUGCAGCAGCUCAGCCCAGCGGAGGUCGUGCUGCCCGUGUCGGUGCUCGGCCGCCCGCGAGGCGGCAGUGCCGGGGACUCCGACGGCGGCCAGGUCCGUUUCCCGCUCAUCUGAGUUCAGGGAGCCUCAUGGGGAUCGCCCGGAUCCUACAAGGUUGGGGGCUGCGGGUGGCACGCAACAGCUGGUGUGUUGGCGGCCGCCACUGACUGCCUCUGACCACACCUAGCAUCCCCGUACAACCUGUAGCCCCGCGCCUGGGUUGGGGUCAGUCCCCUCCCUCUCGCUUCCCGGGGAAUCUGUGGUUUUCUAUGUUUCUUUGGGCUCAAGGCUGGGCAGCUCGGCGGGGCAAUGGCUUAGGACUAGCCCCCAGCUCUUCUUGGACGGUCGUCCCCGCCCUCUGCCAUGCCUCCCCUUGUGUUCACUGUAAGUGCCUGCUUCUCCAAUCCAAAAGAACAGGUAAACCGUUUGGUGUGUUUAGAGACCAGCGGCUUGCUUUACUGUUGUUAAAAGGGAAGGAGCAUAGGUCCAUUCCUUGCUCUCCUGCUUGGACCGGUCACGGUCUCCCAGGACAUAAUGGUGAGGAGCCUUUGGCUCUGGACCACGACCAGUGACUGCUGCAUGCAGUCUGUAGAAGCAGCGCUUGACUGUGAUGCGAUCCCUUGAAAAGGACCCAGAAAACCCUUUGGUGUCUUCCUGGCUCACAGUUUUGUUGGGGAAGGGGUACCAUGAUGGAUGGCUUAGUGGCUGCAUCUGUUCAAGAUGUCCAGACCGUAUUUGUAAUGUGGUACCAGCGGACUUUGAUUUUUCAGUAUGUAGACUGUUUAUCUUUGUCCUUUAUUUUUAUAUUUUGUCAUGCAUUAGACAGUUCAACAAAUUGACAAGAUAAUCAGUUUUGUUUUAGGCCAGUUACUGUCAAGAAAUCGCCCACGUGCUGUCACUGUUUAAUACAGUGUUGGACAUCAUUUCAUUAAGCGGAGGUCAGGGUCAAGCAGGAAAUGUGACAUAAAAACAUGAAGGAUAUCUUAUUUUCACUAUUUGAGAAUAUAUUUUAUUUUUAGUACUGAAGCAUAAUACAUAACUUUUUAUAAUAACUGUGUACAUUAUGUAGCCUGGCUCUGAACUGUAUCAUUCAUCAUGGAAUCAUGUAAAAGGAAUAUAUAUAUAUAUAUACCACACCAUGUAGCAAGAUGGCUUGCCUGUAUUUCCUUCUCUAUUUUUCAUCUGAGAUACAUUCUGCAAUGUGAUUCUAAACAUAAAAAUGGACUAGUAACUUUCAUUUAAGUCUGAAACUUUUCAGUAAUGUCCAAAGAUGGAUUCACCCAACCUAUGUUUAUUAAAAUUAAGUGGUAUCAUUUUACUAGAUUUACCAUUCUGGGACAUUCCCUUUAAGGAAAGGGUAAUAAGACACAUUUUAAUGCAUCAUGUAUAAUGUACAUAUGGUAAUGUCUGUGUACACUAUAUACAUUGUAUGCCAUAUAGCUGUGGUGGCUUACGGCUAGCAUGGGAGGAAAGGGUGGCAAGAAGUCCAGCUUCCUCUGGAGAAGCGUGAAGUAUACCAGUUGUCAAGAAAGAUUACCCACAUGGGUCUAUGAUUGAAGAAGCUGGGUGGGCCCAAGAAAUCUCCAAUUAGCUGGUUUGGAUUUUUUAAAAUGAUUUGAUUACUUUUAACUUUUAAAGGGUGAUUGAAAAAGUCUGAUGUCCUGGGAACUUUUUUAAUGUAUGGAUUAUAAUAAAAAGAAUGGUUUGCUUUAAACUUCUCAAAGCUAAUGACCCUGUCAUUAAAGAAAAUCAUCUGAAGUGUAUUAAAGCAGAAAAACAGUAAACUA